AUGUCCUCGACACAGCUCUUGUUAGACACCAUCCUUCCGGAACAUUCUUCCUCUCAGGAAUGGAAUAGAAAGGCGCUAGAAUUUUUAGAUUCCUUCUUAAAUUCAGAGAACACAACGUCUUUGCUCGAGACAACGGUGGCCACACCUGAAGACAGCAGUGUUGGGUUGGCAGAAACUAUUGCUGAACUUUCCAAUGAUUCACGGAUCCUAGAUGGGAAAAUAGUCUCUACUUUAUCAACAGAAACUAAUUUGUCUCUCUUGGUAAAUUCAUGCAACGUUUUCAAUGAUUCGGUUGCGAAGUUCAGUUCUUUGCUCGAGUCGACGAGAAAACAGGUCGAACUAAUCGAAGAACACAGCACAAUAUCAACUGUUAAUUUGAAAAAACUAAGCAUACCUCAAACCCAAAACAUUGCACCUUUAUUAUACAACUUCUCCGAUAUGGUCUUACUGCUUGAAAUCCCGGCACUGACUAAGCUGUUGAUAGCAAAAUCACAAUUUGCCGAUUGUAUACAACUUUCAUCAAUAUCUAAGAAUCUACAGAUCCGGUACCACAAGCUUCCAUUGGUGAACAGUAUCCAAGAAAAUACGUCGUUGCAAAUCUCAGAUAUGGUCAAAAAACUAUCGGGUCUAUUGUUGUCAAACAUCAAGCAAUCUUCCAUGAUCAAGAUACUAUCGCAUUUGAAAAAAGUGAUACCCGAUAACGACCACUUGAAAUCGAUCUUUCUCCAUCUCCGUUUUGCAUUUAUCAUGGACGAACUAGAUACACUAACUCCAUUAUUAAAUUCCAGGUUGUACGAGAAAUACCUUAAAAGAGUGCUCGAGGUGUUUAGGGAGUUUUGUUUCCAAACUUUAAUUACGUUCCACUCCUUUUUUGAUUCGGAUAGACAACUGAUGCAUUCAUUUAUCUCCUCAUUGGCAACAAAGCUUUGCGGUAUUAUUACAGAAAAUAUAAAACACAUCUCGGACCCGUCAACAAGAGACUCCUUGUUACUACAACUCAUAUACUGCUCCUCUUCUCUCUCUCGACUGGGCGGCGAUUUCACCCAGACACUCCUGUGUAUGCUCCCCCCAGCAGUGGACAAACAGACUCUCUUUACUAUCAUUCACAAGCAGAAGACCCUUACUAACAGGCUGUAG